CAGGAAAAUGGCGGGCAAGUCCAAGGGUGGGAAGAGCAAGGCCAAGGCGCAGGCCGAGAGCCAGGGCGCCUCGGUCGAGCCGGAGGCGCCGGUCGCCGAUGUGGUCCAGGAGGCCAAGUCCGAGAACGGGCAAGUGAGUGAAGCCGCCCCUGCUGCGGAUGGGGGUGCGGCGGAUGUGGAGAAGGAGGAGGGGGAUGCGGCUGUGGCCGCGCAGGCUGCAGAGAAGCCGGCUGAAGGAGAGCUUCAUCUAUACCCUGUUACUGUUAAGACGCAAUCAGGUGAAAAGCUAGAGCUACAGCUAAGCCCUGGAGAUUCUGUCAUUGAUGUCAAACAAUUCCUCUUGGAUGCGCCUGAGACUUGCUUCUACACAUGCUAUGAUCUGAUAUUACACACUAAAGAUGGCUCGGCGCACCCGUUAGAGGACUACAAUGAAAUUUCUGAGAUUGCAGAUAUAACUACUGGUGGCUGUACGUUGGAGAUGGUUGCUGCAACAUAUGACGAGAGGUCUAUUAGGUCGCAUCUCCGCCGUGUCCGGGAGUUACUCUCUCUCUCUAGUCUUCAUGUGUCGCUGUCGACAUCCCUAGCUCUGCAGCAGGAGUCUGCGCAGGCAAAAAAUGCAGAUGCAGGAAAAACUGCUGGCCAGGAGCUUGAUGGUUUAAAUUUCAUGGAGGACAAUACUGUAGCCCUUACUAGUUUGUUGGCAUCUGCACCAGCAGAAAUCAAAUGUGUGGACAGCAUAAUUUUUUCAUCAUUCAAUCCUCCACCGAGUUAUAGGAGGUUACAUGGGGAUCUCAUUUAUAUUGAUGUUGUGACAUUAGAAGGAAACAAAUGCUGCAUCACUGGGAGCUCCAAAUCUUUUUAUGUGAAUGCUAGCAAUGGAAGUAUUUUGGAUUCAAGACCUUUGAAACAAUCUCACGAAGCCAGCACUUUAGUUGGAUUGCUACAAAACAUUAGCGCCAAGUUUAAGAAAGGUUUUCGUGAAAUAUUGGACCGCAAAGCAUCAGCCCAUCCUUUUGAGAAUGUUCAGGCCUUGCUCCCAGUGACUUCUUGGUUGGGAGCUUACCCAGUGCAAGAGCAUAGAAGGGAUGCAGCCAGGGCUGAAGAUUCUGUUGUGUUGUCAUAUGGUACCGAGUUGAUUGGUAUGCAGAGAGACUGGAAUGAGGAGCUCCAGUCGUGCCGAGAGUUCCCUCAUGGCAAUCCUCAAGAAAGGAUAUUGCGAGGCAGAGCACUGUAUAAAGUGACAUGUGAUUUUGUUGACGCCGCGGUAAAAGGAGCAGUUGGUGUCAUCAAUAGAUGUAUACCUCCAAUUAAUCCAACUGAUCCAGAAUGUUUUCAUAUGUAUGUCCACAACAACAUUUUCUUUAGUUUUGCUGUCGACUCGGACCACGAGCACAUCUCAAAGGACCAAAAGCCAGAUUGUCAAAAUGGUCCUGGGAGAAGCACGCCGGUCCCCUCCCCAGAUUUGGGGGCUAAGGCAGAUAGGGGUCAUGCAGCAGUGGACUCAAAAACUGAAGAGCCUAACAGUGUUUUGGAAGCAUCUGCAGAGGCACAAAUAGCAGACAGUGAGCAGGCAACCUAUGCUUCUGCUAAUAAUGACUUGAAAGGAACCAAGUCUUACCAAGAAGCUGAUAUUCCUGGGCUUUACAAUCUUGCGAUGGCAAUAAUUGAUUACCGAGGUCACCGGGUUGUAGCUCAGAGCAUCAUACCCGGUAUUCUUCAAGGAGACAAGUCUGACUCUCUUCUGUAUGGUUCCGUCGAUAAUGGCAAGAAGAUAUCUUGGAACGAGGCAUUCCAUGCAAAGGUAGUUGAGGCUGCAAAGCGGCUCCAUGUGAAGGAGCAUUCGGUUUUGGAUGGUUCUGGCAAUCCUGUAAAAUUAGCUGCUACAGUUGAAUGCAAGGGAAUUGUUGGUAGUGAUGACAGGCAUUACAUUUUGGAUCUGAUGCGAGUAACUCCUCGGGAUUCCAACUACAUUGGACUGCAGCACCGCUUCUGUGUGUUGAGACCUGAGCUUGUGGCUUCAUUUGUUGAGGUUGAGUCCACAAAGAAAUCCCCUGCGCAGAAAAUUCCUGAUAUCCCUGCAGAAUUGAAUGGGCCAGAAUCGAAGGAUCAACACGACAGUGCUUCUGAUGCUACGGCUCCUUCUGUGGACAGAGAUGACAAGCCUGAUGAAAGCCCUACUCCUACACCUGCUGAAAGUAACGACUCAAAUGAUGAAAUUCUUUUCAAUCCAAAUGUAUUUACAGAGUACAAGCUUGCUGGCAGUCCUGAGGAGAUUGCAGCAGAUGAAGCUUUGGUUAAAAAGGUUGGUUCAUAUUUGCUAGAUACGGUGAUCCCAAAGUUUGUUCAGGAUCUUUGCUCCCUUGAUGUCUCCCCUAUGGAUGGUCAAACUUUAACUGAUGUGCUGCAUAGCAAUGGGAUAAAUGUUAGGUAUCUGGGCAAAGUUGCAGGUAUGAUCAAGCAUUUGCCACACUUAUGGGACUUGUUUUCUGCUGAGAUAAUUGUUAGGUCUGCAAAGCAUGUUGUCAAGGAAAUACUGAGGCAAAGCCCAGACCAUAAUAUCGCACCUGCUGUUGCUCAUUUCUUAAAUUGUUUUGCUGGCAAAGUUUUGGCUGCUUCAACUAAAGGUAGUGCGGGCAGCACACAGUCGAAAACCCAGAAGAAAUCGAGUUCUUCAGCUUCUUCAAGAAAGGGUCAAUCUGUACAUUCCCAUCUAACAUCUGAUGGAGUUUGGUCUGACAUUAAGGAGUUUGCAAGACAUAAAUAUCAGUUUGAAGUGGCAGAUGAUGCAAGGGUUGGGGCUAAAAAGAUUGCAGUUCUUCGCAAUCUUUGCCAAAAGGUGGGAGUAACAAUUGCUGCUCGCAAAUACGAGUUGAAUUCUGCUGCUCCAUUCCAACCUUCAGAUAUCUUGAAUCUCCAACCAAUUGUGAAGCACUCAGUUCCUACCUGUACUGAUGCAAGGAAGCUUAUGGAAGCAGGGAAAAUCCGGAUGGCUGAGGGAACACUGAAUGAGGCGUACGCACUAUUCUCUGAAGCCUUUUCGCUACUUCAGCAGAUAAAUGGUCCCAUGCACAAGGAUGCUGCUAACUGUUGCCGGUACCUUGCUAUGGUCUUGUACCAUGCCGGUGAUAUAGCAGGAGCAAUUGUGCAGCAACAUCGAGAGCUUAUCAUAAAUGAACGGUGCCUUGGUCUAGAUCAUCCCGAUACGGCCCACAGCUACGGCAACAUGGCUUUGUUCUAUCACGGACUCAAUCAAACUGAACUUGCGCUGCGGCACAUGUCCCGUACACUGCUUUUGCUGAGUUUAGCAUCAGGUCCUGAUCAUCCAGAUGUUGCAGCAACUCUUAUCAAUGUGGCGAUGAUGUACCAGGAUGCGAGCAAUAUGAGUACCGCUCUUAGGUAUCUGCAAGCAGCACUUACGAAGAAUGAGCGCAUUUUAGGCCCAGAUCAUGUUCAAACAGCAGUUUGCUAUCAUGCUCUCGCCAUUGCAUUCAGUUCUAUGGGUAAUUACAAGCUUUCAGUCCAGCAUGAAACCAAGACACAUGGUAUACUGGUAAAACAGUUAGGGAGUGAUGAUUCACGGACCAAAGAUUCAGAAAAUUGGUUGAAAACAUUCAAGGAGCGAGAAAAACAGGUUAACGCCCAGAAGCAGAAGGAUCCAUUAUUGCAGGCACAUCCUGGAUUGUAUCAAGCGGUGCAGGCAGCUGCGAUCAAGUAUGGUGAUGGAUCAGCAAAUGUCAAGAAAUCACUUAAUGCUGCAGUAGUUGGAGAAACUGUUCCUCGAGGAAGAGGAGUCGACGAGCGAGGUGCUAAGGCAACUGCAGAAGUUCGAAAGAAGGCUGCUGCCAGAGGCCUUAAUUUGCGCAAUGGACCUGCCGCAAACAGGGCUUCUGAACUAAACCACAUUCUCAACCUUAUCAACUCAGCGGCUUCAGCUUCUGCUGCUUCUCCCACUGUGAACACUCAAAGGACUGAAUCUGAAGGGCCACAGUCGAAUGGUCCUGCCUUGAAUGGGGCAAAGGAAGCCAAGGAUACAAAUCGGCUGUCCGCUAAGGUUGACGGUCAAACUCCAGUAGGAUUAGGUGCUUCAUUGGAGCUGAAGAAGCAGAAGUCCAAGCAGAAAGCUUAGUAAAAUAUCUGCAAUGGUUGUUUUCUCACUACAAUUUUGGACCUCUAGGGUGAUUUUUACCCAUAGGAUUGUCACGUCCACAUAGUGGCAGAGUCUUUUUUAUUAAUUUUUGGUGGGGUUCUUAGGAUGAGUGUAAUAAUAAUAAUGAGGAUGGAGUGAAAGAGAAUCCGAGUGAUAGGACUGCUGAUGAGAUAAAUGAUCAAGCCCUCUCGGUAUCCAGAUCAGCCGAGCCAUAAUUUCUGUAAACUGGCUACACUAUUUUUUUUUUGGCCCAGCAAAAUUAACAGGUUCGGGGUUUUAUUGA